AUGGACGACUCACCGUUCGGCAAGCUGUCACCAGAGCUUCGCAAUGCCAUCUACUCACUCGUCCUUCCCUUCGACCAACCAUUCGAGAUUACUGCCGAGCAAGACUCCCACAAGCUUCGGAUCGCAGACGGAAGCGCUCACAAGCGACCUCUGGCCAUCACUGCCGUCUGGCGGCAAAUCAGGGGCGAGACCAAGCAGAUGUUCUACCACCUCAACACUUUUCAGUUCCAGCUGCGCAAGCAGAAGCCCGUGAGCAGGAGAGACGAGGCCGGCCUAUUAAAGAAGUUCUGUGACAGCAUAGGUGACACAAACGCAGCGGCCCUCCGCCGCAUCACCGUCGAUCUGGAGAGAUCAUAUUAUGCCAGGAACUUGCGCGGAUGUGGCAACAUCAAACAUCAGCUCAGAGCUCUCCGUGCCUUCGCAACACGCAACCCAGCCUGCGAGCUCUUCGCUUGCGUCUCUGAGGAAGACUCCGACUACCGUGAUGCAUCGUUCUACCGACAGAAUGUUCUUCCGAAGAUCGAGUUCCGAGUCGACGCUACCGGUGAAGGCCUCUCAAAAGCGAUCGUGCAAGUAAAAGCAUACACGGAUGACUUCGCUGCGAUUCCAACUUUGGAAGCACUUAUAGAAUACUACAAAUGCUUACCCCUUCAGUCCGCGCUUCAAGAAGCAAUGGUAGAGAUUAAGACGUCGGGUCGCGCAGUUUGA